UGCGACUGCUCGACCUCCCCUCAUUGCUGUCGUUCUACUCCAGACUACUCUAUAGAUCCUUUCGCUCAUUCAUGAUAAUUUUCCCCUUUGCACACGUGACCAAGUUAAUUGCGACCGCUGCGUAACACGAGAGGAGCAAAAUAAUGGUUGUACAGAAUGUCUAUCUCAGAAGUUCCUCAUGCUCGCUGUGCAAGCUUGGCCCCUAUAUUGGGAGAGAUAUUUAUGACUCAAGGCAGAAUCCACUUCGGGUUCUGGACUGUGGAAAGCCAUGCCAACGCUGCCAGUCCAGACCGUAUCCAGAGGUGUGGUUCCACGCACACUGCUUUGAUACUCUGAUGGAUACACUUGAGCCAUCGCAAAGGCCUAGUCCUGCAGUACUGGAAAAAUUCGGCUCUAUCAUGGCGGGCAGGUAUGAAGCUCGGGAUCGACGACGCAGAGAUUUCACAUCGGUCGUAGGAACGCUGUCCAGUGAGUAUGCGAGACGAAUCAUGCAACCAGAGUUCGAUCACGACCUAUUCCUGCGGUUUCCGACGGAGAUCAAACUUAUGAUCGCUGAGCAUAUUCAGCCAUGCUGGUGGAUGACCGUACUUGACGAGAGUCGUCGGCUGAUCGAUCAAUUGAAGAACCACCCAUGUAGGUCUACGCAGCUCAGCCUUACACGUGAUGUCUGGGUAUCAAAAGUCACUUACCGCGGUGUUGGAUACGUCGCACGGCUCAGCAGCAGUCGUCCGAAAGCGACGGGCUGUGCCCGUGUUUACCACAUGAAGAUACCCGAUAUCAUUGACAAGAUUGUUCUAUCACUGGACUCCAUCGGCGUGUCUGGAAUACAAUUCCUGGACAAUAAUUCCACACCUAAACCUGACGGCUCGCCGUGGUACGAGAUUCUGGAACCGAAAGCUUCUACCGCAAAGAUCAAAGUCAGGUCUAAUGGUCUGAUCGUACAAGAACUCCAGCUUAUUGCAGACGGUUCGUCUCUACAGAACGCCCUGCUCUGGAGCUCCCCCGUCACGCCCAAAUUUCAUCCUUGGAACAUCUACAAAUGCCUGCUCAAGCCCCGCUUAGACUAUCUAAAAUUGGAUGACAGGAUUCAAGGCCUUCUCGUCUGUGUUAGCAAGAAGGGUGAUAUGGCUGGUAUUCACGGUUUCUCAGGUGUCUCAGCAGAAUUCAGGAAUUUCACGAGUCGGAUGCAUCGGCGUCUCGGCAGGAGCUACAAGCGCUGGAUUUACUUCCCGCUUAAUCAAGGCGAGUUGGUGGAGGCUGCUUGGAUUAGGAGUGUCUCAAACUGUCCUAGCCGCCCCGCUUUAAUGCUGCAAACGUCUUUAGGGAGAACCAUCACGUUCGGGCCUCGAGAUCCGGUUCCCUCCUAUUCACCUGAGUACCGUUCUCUGGUCCGGAUUGGCGAUGGCCCGAUCACUGGCAUUUUUCAUAACGGACUUGACCCAGCCUUAACCUGCAUUACCGAUAUGGGAGUGACCUGCGGUGACUCGUCGAUGAGCGCAACUCCCAGGCUGCAGCCUCCGGAUCUGCGACUAGAGCCCCCGUUAGCUGUGCCGUACUAUGUCGAUUGCUGGUAUAUGACAAGGGCUUUCCUCAAUGGCCUUGUUAGGGUAGAGAUCAGCAGGGAUCUGAGCCAGCCCCAUGCACCCAUAGUGGGCAUGCUGCUGCAUUACACGGACGGACAUCUUGAAGCGAUCGGACAGGUACGGUGGGAGUACGCUUCGGGCGAAGAGAUCUCCGUGCCUUUGUAUGUUGAAGAGGGGAAGGAUACGCGUGAACACAGCGAUUACACUUACAUUAAGAACAUUCGAGGUGGGGAAUCCGAUCCCGAGCAGCCUCCAGCGACAGGGGAAUGGAGACUGCCAACGAGCGGCACCAUUUUCUGGUGGUCUAGCCGAUAUAUUGAUAAGAUAGUAGUUCGAUGAAAAAUGAAAC